CGAAGUGAAAAAAAUGAUUGAGGAAGUCGUUCAGUUAUGUUGCAGGCUAACUAACGUUAGCAGCAGAUCACCUAUCGAAAGCGGCUGGAAACUAAUGCGAAAGAUCGCGCUAUGAAUGUUCGCAGACCAUCUACGAUAUGCAGCUCAACUGGAAUUUAUUAUAUAGUGUGUUUAGCUUGCUUUGUGGAUUCCAUUUGGGCUUUUGGACUAAAUCGAGACUCCGAAUUCACCUUUCUCCUGCCUGCGGGACGGAUCGAGUGUUUCUACCAGACGACCACUAAAAAUGGAACCAUGGAGGUGGAAUACCAGGUGAUUGGAGGGGCAGGGUUGGAUGUAGACUUCACCAUAUUUUCUCCCCACGGAGUCCAGCUGAGCUCAGACUUCCGCAAAUCUGACGGGAUCCACAUGGUGGAGCCCACGGAGAAGGGGGACUACAAGAUAUGCUUUGAUAACAGCUUCAGCCAUGUGUCGGAGAAGAUGGUGUUCUUCGAGGUGAUCCUGGAGGAGCCGGAGGGCGAGUCCGAGGGGGACGAUGUGUGGGCUGGCAUGGCGGAGCCGGAGAGCAUGCUGGAGUACAAGCUGGAGGACAUCAAGGAGUCGAUGGAAUCGGUGCACAGGCGUCUGGAGCGCAGCCGGCAGAUGCAGACGGUGCUGCGGGCAUUCGAGGCGCGCGACCGUAACCUGCUGGAGGACAACCUGUGGCGGGUGUCCUUCUGGUCCUGCGCCAGCCUGCUGGUCAUGCUGGCCGUGGCCGUCACGCAGGUCUACACCGUGCGGAACCUCUUCAGCAACACGCACAGGGUGCCCACGUAGUGCAGCACUGCCCGGGGGACUUUAAAGAGACCAGAUGAAGAGGAGAGAGGAAUUGGAGGGUGGAAGGGUUCGACUUUCAGCCUCCAUGCUGGGGGGGGGUGGUGUGAGGAAGAGGGAGAUGAAGAUGAAGGGAAGUGGGAGAUGGGUUUCUGUCUAAGCAGGAUGGAGCUCAUGGUGAUUCCUAUACCCUCACAUUCACCCUGCUUUUUCAUGACCUGGAGAGGACACCACCACCAAACACACACACACACACACACACACUGCCUUCCACCUUCCACCCUCCUCCCCCCCCCCCCUCCUUUUCCCAGGCUGGCUCCAGUUUGCCUUCAAUGGCUCAUUGGCUAGCUGACCAACAACUUCCUGUUUCAGCUACACCUUAAUGUGACUGUGAGGUCAUCAUGGUAUAUGUCACCAAGACCUUAAACAGAUCAGUUAACUGUUCUACCAUUUCAGUGUCGGAUAGUCUUUCCGGUUUAAAGGGCAUUUCAAAAACAGUUUUGUUAUUUACAAGAACUGAGCCAUUGUGCUCAAGAGAUUUCUGUAGAAGAGUGCUACUUUGGUACCAAAAGUGGGCUGAAGAGAUUUUUUAAAUGUUUUAUUUAUAAACAGAAAUUAAUAAACAUCAGAUUUUUUCUAAAUGA